UUUUUGCGGCUGUGACGAUAAGGAGGCACUAUUUGAAGCAGCGCUCAGAGCGCGUGCGCGCGGCGGAAGUGGACGCCUCCGUUACGGGGCUCGCCAGCCAUGUGCUCCUUUGUUUACAAAAACAGCGAAGUUGUGUGUAUGUUGACAAUGCGUCGAGUAACGGGCUACGGACCUAAAGCUAACCGAGACGCCGACAUUGUCUGCUCUUUCUUCAUCAUCGUGUCGCGCGCUGGAGGCUGAGAAAUGUAAGCGCUUCCUGCAGGAGUUCUACACUGAAGAUGACUCUGGGAAGAAGGUCUUCAAAUAUGGCGCUCAGCUGGUGUCUUUGGCUCACAGAGAGCAGGUGGCGUUGGUGGUGGAUCUGGACGACGUAGCAGAGGAGGACCCGGAGCUGGUGGAGAGCAUUUGUGAGAACACCAAGCGAUACAUCGCACUGUUCUCUGAUUCUGUGCACGAGCUACUGCCCGAGUACCGAGAGCGCGAGGUGGUGGCUAAAGAUGCUCUUGAUGUUUACAUCGAGCACCGUCUGAUGAUGGAGGGAAGAGGUCGCGACCCUAACGACACGCGUGAUCCCAGGAACCAGUACCCCGCUGAGCUCAUGAGAAGAUUCGAGCUGUAUUUCCGUCCUCCUUCCUCCGCUAAGCUAAAGGUCAUCAGGGAUGUUAAAGCAGACUCCAUCGGAAAGCUGGUGACAGUCCGAGGCAUCGUUACCAGGGCAUCUGAGGUCAAACCCAUGAUGGCAGUCGCCACCUAUACAUGUGACCAGUGUGGUGCAGAGACUUACCAACCGAUUGCAUCGCCGAGCUUCACGCCGCUGAUCAUGUGUCCGAGUCAGGAGUGUGUGACCAACAGGUCGGGAGGCCGUCUGUACUUACAGACACGCGGUUCGAAGUUCGUAAAGUUCCAGGAGCUGCGCAUCCAGGAGCAUAGUGAGCAGGUGCCGGUCGGUAAUAUCCCACGCAGUAUGACCGUGUCAGUGCGUGGAGAGAACACGCGUGCAGCUCAGCCUGGAGACCAUGUGACCAUUUCUGGCGUUUUCCUUCCUCUACUACGAACUGGAUUCAGACAGGCUGUACAGGGUCUGUUAUCAGAGACGUAUCUGGAGGCGCACUGUAUCACACUGAUGAAUAAGACUGAGGAUGAUGAACUUGGGUUGGAGGAGCUUACUGAUGAUGAGCUCAGACAGAUCACAGAGGAAGAUUUCUAUGAGAAACUGGCAGGUUCAAUUGCGCCGGAGAUCUACGGUCAUGAGGACGUGAAGAAGGCUCUACUGUUGCUGCUGGUGGGUGGGGUUGAGCAGAAUCCACGCGGCAUGAAGAUCAGGGGUAACAUUAAUAUCUGUCUGAUGGGAGAUCCCGGUGUGGCCAAAUCUCAGCUGCUGUCUUACAUCGAUCGCCUGGCGCCACGCAGUCAGUACACGACUGGGCGUGGCUCGUCAGGUGUGGGCUUGACAGCAGCAGUGAUGCGUGAUCCUGUCACUGGGGAGAUGACGUUAGAGGGUGGGGCUCUGGUUCUGGCUGAUCUGGGCGUGUGCUGCAUCGAUGAGUUUGAUAAGAUGGCUGAUGCGGAUCGAACCGCUAUCCACGAGGUCAUGGAGCAGCAGACCAUCUCCAUUGCCAAGGCAGGGAUAAUGACGUCUCUGAACGCACGCUGCUCUAUUUUGGCGGCUGCAAACCCUGCAUUUGGCCGCUACAACCCAAGGAAGAGCAUCGAGCAAAACAUCCAGCUUCCGGCAGCGCUGCUGUCACGUUUUGACCUGCUUUGGCUCAUCCAGGACAAACCGGACACCCAGAAAGACCUGCAACUCGCACAGCACAUCACACACGUCCACCAGCACUGCAAACAGCCGCCCACACACUACACACCUAUCGACAUGAAACUCAUGAGGCGAUAUAUCAGUAAGUGUAAGAAGAAGCAGCCUGUCAUCCCCGAGGGCCUGACUGAUUACAUCACAGCUGCGUAUGUGGAGAUGAGGAAGGAGGCACGAGUCAGCAAGGAUACCACCUUUACCUCCGCUCGUACCCUACUGUCCAUCCUGCGCCUGUCCACAGCUUUGGCGCGUCUCCGUAUGGUGGACAUGGUAGAGAAGGAGGAUGUAAAUGAAGCGAUGAGGCUGAUGGAGAUGAGCAAAGACUCACUGCAGCCUGACAAGACAACUACCACCAGGUCCCAGCGCCCUGCCGACGUGAUCUUUUCUCUGGUGCGCGAGUUGGUGUCUGAAGGCGGGAAGGUGCGGGCGGUGCGCAUGGCUGAUGCAGAACACCGGUGUGUGUCGCGCGGUUUCACUCCGGCUCAGUUUAAUUCUGCGCUUCAGGAGUAUGAAGAGCUCAAUGUGUGGCAGAUCAACAACACGCGCACACGCAUCACCUUCGUCUGAUACACACACACACAUGCACACGCUUCUGCAAAGCCUUCUUUUAACACACCUCUGUCUGUGUGUUUGCUGGUUAAUCGGCUGUGGCUUAUUAGCAUAUUGCUAUCGGACUUUUGUUAUGGCCUUCCUGUUCAAGAUGAAUAAUAUUGAGAGUUUGUUUUAUUCUGUACAUAUUACUCCCUUAAUAAAGCUCUGCACGUACAUAUCUAGUUUGAUGCCA